AUGGCGUCCGCGGGGCGUCUACUAGCGAGGGUUUGGCUGCCAGCCGGGCGUGGACCUUCCCAAGAUGGCGGCAGCCGGGGCAACAGCGCUCAGGGGGCGGAGCUCCACUGCCGGAGGCGGGGCAGGGAGCCAGAGGGUCGGGCUAGCGGGCGGGCAGCUUCUGAAGUAGGCAGGCCCAGCGCGCUUGCGCGGAGCGGCCCUGCGCGCAGUGAGGCAGUGGCGGGGGAAGGCACCGGUGGGGCCGACUGGCGGGUUGAAGGAGGGAAGCGGGCGAGCGAAGUCCCAGUGCGCGCCGCGGCGGCCCGGGUACCCUCCCCUUCCGGGCUUGAGGCGCUCGGCUCGCUGGCCGGCUCGGGCUUUGUGCUCGCGGCGGCUCAGGCUCCCGCGCAGGCUCGCAGACCCCCGGGGCUGCGCUCGCAGUCUCCGACUAGGGGCGGCGGCCCGGUCAUCCUGCCUGGAAGAGUGACCUACUUCUGCCUGGGUAUUGGUAGAAUUCUUUCUUUAUCCUUGAAGUUCAGUAACUUCAUCAGGAUAUAUCUCGGUCUUGGUGUGAUUCUCUAUUACAUUUUCCUGUUACAUGAACUCAACAAAAAUCCAGUGGAAGGCUUUUCAGCAGGUUUAAUAGAUGACAAUGAUCUCUAUCGAUGGGAAGUCCUUAUUAUUGGUCCUCCAGACACACUUUAUGAAGGUGGUGUUUUUAAGGCUCAUCUCACUUUUCCAAAAGAUUAUCCCCUCCGACCUCCUAAAAUGAAAUUCAUUACAGAAAUCUGGCACCCAAAUGUUGAUAAAAAUGGUGAUGUUUGCAUUUCUAUUCUUCAUGAGCCUGGGGAGGAUAAAUAUGGUUAUGAAAAGCCAGAGGAACGCUGGCUUCCUAUCCACACUGUGGAAACCAUCAUGAUUAGUGUCAUUUCUAUGCUGGCAGACCCUAAUGGAGAUUCACCUGCUAAUGUUGAUGCUGCGAAAGAAUGGAGGGAAGACAGAAAUGGAGAAUUUAAAAGGAAAGUUGCACGCUGUGUAAGAAAAAGCCAAGAGACUGCUUUUGAGUGACAUUUAUUCAGCAGCUAGUAAUUUCACUUAUUUCAGGGUCUUCAAUUGAGAAACAUGGCACUGUUUUUCCUGCACUCUACCCACCUAUAUUGCUGGACUUCUGUUGUAACAAGUUGGCAAAACACUGGCUGGAACUGGGCUGCAAUAAAACAUGCCAGUUAUCAAUGCUGACAAGAGCCUAACAAGUGCCAACUUACAGAUGAUUACGCAUUUUGAAUUCUAAUGAACUGUUUUAACCUUCAGGAAGAAUUGUAAAGACGUGUACAUAGCACAACAUGAUCCGGAUAAUAUAUAUACUGUUCAUGUACAUCCACAAAUACACCUUGUACCAAAUAAUGCUUUCUUGUAGUAGAAUAAGAAUCGUGUAAAUUCUAAAAAGAUUUUAGCAGGUUUUCUUUCCCUAUUCAUUGUUUCUUAUCAGUUUAAAAAGACUCCUUAAAGCAUGUCAGAUGAAAAGCAAUUAGGAUUAAAAGUUUCCAUUUAAUUUCCUUUAAACCAUUGAGGCUUCAUUAAACCCUUGUCACUUACUAAACUUUUGUAUCUUCUUUGUUUUGACAGUCCCCUUUGCUUUUAUCUCUUCUAUCUGCCAGAAAGUUCUCAGAUGAUUUAGUUCAAAUACUGAAAUACUUAAUAAGCAAUUACUUGAUUUUUUAAUGAUGACUUCAGAGGAGUGGUCAUCACUAGGUGCUUUGUCUUUUUGUAUUCUAGUUGCACCCAUCUCUUGGAUUGGAUGUAGCAAUAACAUUUUCUGGCUGUUGAGAGCUCUUGAACCUAGACAUUAUCCCAAGAACUUAAAAAAAAAAAAAGUUGGUUCUAAAUUCAACUUACUGAAAUUUACCCCAAAUAAUACAAAAUUCUGAUUUGGUUUUAUUUUUGCCCUUCAGUUGACUUAAUGUAAAGUUUGGAUAAAUAAAGCAUGCACAACUACAAGCUUUUUACUUCUUGGUUUGCUAUUAAGAAUGCUAUUUGCCCUUAUAUCCUCCUUAAUCCUUCAUAUUUCUUUGUCUCUAUUCUUCAAUACUAGAGAUUUUUCUCACCUAUUGUACAAAGAAAUUUCGAUGUAUAUUUUCAUGUAAUUUGAUUUUGGAAUUCUGUCACCUUAUGUAGUGAGUUCUUCCAAAAUAUAAUUUUUUUCCAAUAAUUGUCAAGUUGUUGGCUUUUAUUGUAUUGAAUGAAGGUUUUAAUACUGAAUGCCAGAGAAGUGCAGUUUAGAAAAAUCUCAGGUUGAUUCCUUAUGCAAACAAACUUAAUACUUGAAAAUCACAUGGCCAUGGCAGUGUAAGUAUUGGGUUUUAUCUGGAUUCUUAUGUGAGUCUAAAAGUAUUUCAGAGGUAAAUGCUCUGCUAUUUGACAUACAGAUUCUGUCACUGACAUAGCACACUUGGAUUUGAUUAUGAGCAUAUUUCAUAUCAUAAAAUUUUCUAAACUUCAGCAGUUGGUGAAAUGAGCAUGUGCACUGUUAGACAGUCCUAGCCUUCUUUCUGUUUAUUGUGAGGUUGAGAGUGAGAAGCAAUCUUUGGCAUAUAAGGGAUAGAACUUGAGACAGUACCAGAUCGGGUAUGGUGUAUGACUGCGAGAAUCAGUGAGAAUUGGUGCAUCCCUCCUCUGUGGGGUUUGGAGAAAUACUUUGGCAGAAGAGAGAAAGGAAUCCUGUCAAUAAUGUAGACUUCUACCAGUUUUUCAGGUUUUUUUUUUUUUUUAAAGCAGAGGUAAAAUGGUUACAGAUGUAGUCCCAGUGAAGAGUGAUUUUUAUAAAUCCCAGUCUGUUCUUCAUUCAAGUAUUGUAGAAACCCAUAAAUAUUAUUAAAAACUCUUACAUGUUCAGUGACUAUAAAAAUUGAUUUGAUUCAUUGGAGCCCAAUUUUCUUCAAGAACUUAAUGACUUUUGUCUUUCCCAGAGACUUUGUAAAAAUUGUUGCCCCAAAGUGCUAGCUAGACUGCACUCCUACUAGGGACUUUGAAUGCAAUCUCCUUCACUCUUAAGUCAGAAAUCGUCCACAUAGUAGUUGCUUGUGGAGUUGGAAUUUUGCUCUUAUGGCUAUAAUUCCACUAGCAAUCUGUUGAGUUAAAACCUGGGAUUUGACUGCUCAAUAAGUAGCAAAUGACCUAGUGACUCAGGGACAACUGUUUCUGAACAAAACUUUAAGUGCCACUUUAAUGCAGUUAUGUUGGUAUGACUGGGUGGUUUUUUAGGGCGUAGGGGAAUAGGAGAGGCAGGAGCGAGUGCCUCUCUUCCUCAUACUCUUCCAACUAUGUCCCCUCACCAUACUACAAACUGAAACACAGGCCUUGAUAGAUGGAGGAUUCCUUUUCCUCUUUCAGAGAUGUCAUCCGUGCCUUUCCCAGUGUUCAUCUGACCAUGAAUUUAAAUGCCUCUACGUUUGAUAUUUAAAUCACUCAGGUGACACUGAACUAGGUGGCUUUUGUCCCACCAGUGCCUCAUCAUUAGUGUGAGGUGAUUCUUCUCUGCUUUAGGAAAAGGACCCCCCCAACCCCCAACUUUGUGCCAACCAUUAAUAUCUGCAUAGUCCUUUGGGUGUAGAACUGUUGGCUCUACUAAAUUUAUUCCAAGUUUUUUGAGAAACUUGUAGAUUUUAGCCUGUGUUCAUAACAGAAAGGAUGAUUUCAGUGGCUUUCUGGACUCUGAGUUUAAAAUCCAUAUGCGGUUGAUUUUCUUGUCAUUGUAAGGUAAAUAUAUUUGUGAGGUCAUUCCACUGGUUCUGUGAUCACUUGGAUGUCAUAGUAUCUUUAAUGGCCUUCAUUCCCAGUUGUGAAAUUUUAUUUUAUAUGCUCGCUCACCCUUUACAAUUCUGCCCACCUCGGGUUGUGAUGCCUGUGUAUCUUUGCCUGUCUGGUCUCUAGUUGGUGGAAUUACCUUUUUUUGUACUGCCACUUCUCAGCAUCUUUGAAAUUUGACAUAAUAUUGCUUCAUUCCAGUUUUUUUUUUUAGUUCUGUAAUUUGUUGAUUGUAUUUAACUAUGUGAGUUCUGUUGUGAUGUUUACUGUAUUGUAAAGCACCUCAAUCAUGUGAUGGGUGCUCUAUAAAUCAAUAAAUGAUGACUUAGAGGCUGUA